AUGAACUCUUCAGAUGAUCCAUACGAGAUCCUUAACAUCACACCGGGCGCUGAUGAGAAGGACAUCAAGAAGGCUUAUCGAAGAUUAGCCAUGCAGUAUCACCCGGAUAAGCAACAUACAGAAGAAGACAAAGAGAAAGCGACUGAUGCCUUUGCCAGAAUCAGCGCUGCGUAUGAAGUCGUCUCAGAUCCAAGCAAACGACACGAUUGGGACAUGUUGAAACAGGGGAGCGUCAAAUCUCAAAUGGGAGGGCGUAGAAGGCCCUCUGCCAGAAAUCCGAAUACAACUCCACCUCGUCAACGUUCUACAAACUCCCCACCACCUCCCAGUUCCCCUGGAUUGUUUCGAUCCAGGCCGAAAGCGACCCGGGCUGGAUCCCCCAGCAAACCCAGAGAUCUAUCCCCAGGUACUUCGGUCGGUGGUCCACAUCGUCGAAGUGGCAGCAUGACGGGACCCUCGCCAGGGAGGCUCCGCCCUCGUGCGGCUGCGAAUGCGCCCCAGUCUCCGGGACGUUUGCGGACCCAAUCCAUGGUGGCACCUCCGUCUCCGGGAGGUUUGGCUGCGGCGCGACUCCGGCACAGCACCGUGGCACCUCAAUCUCCAGGAAGCAUUCGACCUCAGGGACGACCUCGUCCACGCCCCGUUGGUACAGGUGGGGCUGCUGCAGCUGGUGGUGGUGCUCCUCGCAAACACAAUUCCACGGGUACCUUGAAGAACCAUCGGGCCAGUACUGGUACUCUAUCCCCCCGACCAGGUCCCGAUGGAGAUCCUCGACCGCGUCGUCAAUUGUCUGCAGGCACUUUGCGGCGCAAAUUCCGUGACCCCUUUUUAAUCUUUGAAGAAGUCAUGGAAGAUGAAUAUGGCAAGGGGUACAAAUCCAAGGCGGCCAGUGGCUGGAACGGGGACGUGGGUGGUGAAAAGAAACUUUCGGCCAAGAAGGAAUUCAAGAAAUUGGACUUGAAUGGGGAUCAGGCCCUUUCCAAGGACGAACUCCGAAAAUUCAUUGAAUCCAACGAAGAAUUGUGGGCGGUUUUAGGUACCAAGCUUAACUUGAAACGAGAAACCUGCAUUCGGAUUGCGACCGAAGUAGCAUUUUCAUUGGCCAAGGCUGGUGACGAAGAGCCCUCUUCGACGCUCAUCAAGAAACACCGAAAGAGUAGUAGCAAUAUAGAAGUGAACAGCUACGAAUUGUCAGAAGCGGAAUUCAAGGCCUUCUACAAGAACUAUGUUCUAAGUCAAAAAGGGAGCUACGAGUUCUUUCUACGGACCAUAUUUGCCUUUUACGAUAUCAAUGGAGACGGGGUCUUACAACGCGAUGAAUUUGAAAACUUCUUGGACCUCUUUUACAAAACCAAGGAAACUUACAAACACAAAAUGAAUGCCAUGCCUUCCAAGCAAAAACUAAUACGGAUUGCCGAAGCACGAUUGGACAAGAACAAGGACGGGGAACUCAGCUUUGAAGAAGUGAGAGAUAUGUUGCAAGUGGCAAUGGUAAUUACAGAAUCAUAG